AUGCUUGCAGUCGCCAUCUCCGCCAUCGGCGCGCUCGUGGCUGUCAUGAUCGGUGUCUCAUGGCUUCGGCCAACGACUGAUGUCAUCGAACCGUUGAUGCAACCAUGGAUCGAGACUGGCUGGCCCAUCAAAAAUGUUGAGCCCUGGCGUGUUCGUGUCUGCCACGUUCACUGGAAGCUCCUCCAACGCGCCCCUUUCUCAACCCCUGGGCCUCUCCAUGAGGCACUGAACCUCGAUGCAACUAGCGAGCCGUUCUACCCUCAGUCAUUCUCCUCUUCGCCUGACAAGGAAUGGCAUCACCGCGUGCUGAUGGCCGUUCUCAAGGCCACCGCCCAACAUGCCGGUGCAGAUCUGGACUGGACGGCGCGGCAUUUGCCAUCCCAUUAUACUGCUCUCAAGCCAGGCAAUGACUGGGAGACUGAGAAUGAGAAUAUGCUUACUCUGAUGGAGAUUGGAUCGCUUCUCUCCAACGAUCAUGUCAGAGGGCAUUAUGCCCAAUGGUUUGUGCCCGCGCUUACCAGGAACAAACCCAAGGACGAUGAGAAGCGCCGUGAGUCAAGAAUUGAUGCACUGAAGGACUUGUGUGCCUGA